CAUCUUCAACCAAACAUUCUCCUUGUCAUUCAUAUAUACAAGCUCAAAGCUCAAGUCAUGGAAGCUCAAGCUCCUCUUUCACUUUCUAAUCACGCCAUCAAAGAGCUCUCUGAGUCUCAAGCCUUCACCUCCUCCAUCCCUUCCAACUUCCAUACUUUCCGAAACUCCGACGAAGAGCUCCGGCCGGAGGAUUUCAUCAAUGAAGAGAUUCCGAUCAUCGAUUUCUCAUUACUCAUUGGAGGAACGGCAAUGGAAAGAUCUGAGGUUAUCCACCACCUUUGCAUGGCUUGUCGUGAAUGGGGCUUCUUCAUGGUUGUGAAUCAUGAAAUACCAAAGAGAUUAAUGGAUGAAAUGCUUGAUGCUUUUGAGAAAUUUUUCAAUCAAAGUGAAGAAGAGAAGAACGAAUACAUUAACAAGUAUGCACUCCAUCCAAUAAGAUAUGGUACUAGCGUCAAUACUCAUGAGGACAAAAUUAGGUAUUGGAGAGACUAUGUGAAAAUAUUUGUUAAUCCAGAGUUUCAUUCUCCGGUAAAACCUUUCGGUUUCAGAAAUACACUAUUUGAGUAUGCUGCAUCCACAAGAAAAAUGGGCGAAGAGUUACUCAAAGCAAUAUGGGAGAGUCUAGAACUCAAUACCGAAGACAUUGAAGUAGCUUUAGACAUUAAAUCUUGCUUCCAAAUCAUCAUUGGAAACCUCUACCCUCCAUGCCCACAACCAGAGCUAGCACUUGGCCUUCCGCCACACUCUGACCAUGGCCUUCUCACCAUACUACUUCAAAAUGGCAUCAACGGCCUCCAAGUGAAGCACAACAACAAAUGGCUCCAUAUCAAGCCACUUCCAAAUGUAUUCAUAGUCAACAUAGGGGAUCAAAUGGAGCUAGUGAGUAACGGGAGGUACAAGAGUGUGCUUCACAGAGCUGAGGUGAAUGGAAAGAAUACAAGAAUGUCUGUAGCCACUAUAAUAGGACCAUCACAUGAGGCCAUUGUUGCGCCAGCACCACAACUAGUGGAGCAUGAUCAUCACUUGGCAUUCCAUGGCAUGAGGUUUAAAGAUUUCUUGGAGCAACAACAAGCCAACCCACUCAAGCAAAGGUCUAUUUUCGAUCUACUUAGAGUGACGAAUGAUUGAUGAGUUUUGGUGAAAUACUCUGUUUAGUAAGAUUAUAUAAGUACAUGUAUGUGUGUGCAUGUGUGUCUAUAAUGAUCAAAGUCUUUGUAGUGUUUGAAAUGUGGAUUUCAAUUACUUAUGAAUUAUUGGAGGUAUUGGAGAGUAAAACUGCAAAAAAACAUGUGUAAUUUAGCUUUAAAUUAAUUAAGAAUAUUCAUUGAAGACA